UUCACGCGAGCCAUCGGUUAAGACGGACACGCGGCUGCUCCGCUUUUUCUCACUUGCUGGAUUUUCGAAAACUAGCGGAAUGUGGCUGCACUUUUUGUUGGCGGUCGCAGGAGCAGCGCUCACAAUGGGCGCCGAGGUCGAGGUGAUGGCUUCGGAAAUCGUUCGAAUCGAGGAUGUGGCCAGUUCGUCUACGACCGGGGCUAGCCCGAGCACCUCGAGCCACAGCCAGGAAUUGCCGAGCGAGGAGCUACCGAUACCGGCGCUUCCCGGUUUGCUCUAUCCCAGAGAGAGCGAAUCACGCGAGGUUAAAUCGCUCGAUGGAUUCUGGGAUUUUACUGUACCACCAACUAAUGACCUUCAAAAAGGUCAUAGAGAAGGAUGGUUUUCUAGUAGCCUAUCAAAAGUAGCUACGGUAAUGCAAAUGCCAGUACCUUCGUCUUACAAUGACAUCACAACCUCGAGAGCUCUUCGCGAUCACGUAGGUCCGGUAUGGUAUGAAAAAUCAUUUUUUAUUCCUGCAUCCUGGAAGCAGAAGCGGGUUUUCCUAAGAUUCGGAUCGGUUAAUUAUUUUGCCCAAGUUUGGCUAAACAGUCAUCUGCUAAUGAACCAUGAAAUGGGUCACUUACCCUUCGAGGCUGAAAUAACAUCGACAGCUAUAUUUGGCGAAAGGAAUUGGAUUACCGUGGCCGUUGAUAAUACCCUUAUUCAGACGAGUAUACCACAAGGUAAAAUUGUUGAUACCGAAGCUGAUAAUGGCACUGUUAGAGUACAAACGUAUACUUUCGACUUUUUCAAUUACGCUGGAAUCCACAGAUCAGUAUUACUGCAUACAAAGCCAAGAGUUUUUGUAGAAGAUAUCAAUAUCAAUAUAGAAGUGAUAAAUGAUAAAAGCAUUAUUAAGUAUGCCAUUGAAAUAGGAGGCUUAAACGAAAAUGAAACUCCAUUCUGUCAAGUAAAUCUUCUCGAUGCUGAUGAUCAAUAUAGCAUUGAUGAACCAAGUACCGGAACUCAGGGAAUUUUAAAAGUGGCUUCACCUCAUCUAUGGUGGCCUCGUUCGAUGGAUAGUAAUCCUGGUUACAUGUACACGUUGGAGGUAACGGUUAUUGUGCCAAAUGCGACGGAACUAGACAUUUAUAGACUUCCGAUUGGUAUAAGAUCUUUAAGAUGGACCAAUAAGUCCUUAUUAAUUAAUGAAAAGCCAAUUUAUUUUCGUGGAUUUGGAAGGCACGAGGACUCUGCGAUAAGAGGGCGUGGAUUGGAUUUGGUAACUGUAGCCAGAGAUCACGAAUUAUUAAAGUGGGUUGGAGCAAACGCAUACAGGACCAGUCACUAUCCGUACAGUGACGAGGUCCUCGAUGUCGCCGACAGAUUAGGAUUUCUCAUCGUCAAUGAAUGUCCUUCGGUAGACACGGAGAACUUUUCGCCAACUUUGCUAAAAAGACACAAGCAAUCGCUUUCCGAGCUGAUUCGACGUGAUAAGAAUCGGCCUUCCGUCGUAAUGUGGUCCAUUGCGAAUGAGCCGAGAACUCAGCUGCCCGAAGCCGGAUUAUAUUUUAAACAAGUGGCACAUCACACAAAGACUCUCGAUCCUACGAGGCCAAUUACAAUUGCGCUUGCGCGCGGUGUCAUGGAGGACAAAGCGGGCCAAUACUUAGACGUCAUAAGUUUCAAUCGAUACAACGCUUGGUAUUCAAAUACGGGCAGAAUAGAUAUGAUAACUAAUCGCGUUAUAUCAGAAGCUCAAGCGUGGCAUUAUAAGUACAAUAAACCAGUAUUAAUGUCCGAGUACGGAGCCGACACCAUGCCUGGAUUACACGAGCUGCCGGAAUACGUUUGGAGCGAAGAAUAUCAAAUGGAAACAAUGUCGAAGCACUUCGAAGCUUUUGAUAAAUUACGCAUCCAAGGUUUCUUUAUCGGUGAAUUUAUUUGGAACUUUGCCGACUUUAGAACUGCACAAACCUACACGAGAGUCGGAGGUAACAAAAAAGGAAUUUUCACGCGUGAUAGGCAGCCAAAAAUGGUAGCUCAUCACGUACGAAAAAGAUAUCACGCUUUGAACGCCGAGCAAGAUGGUGAAACCUGCGUACCUAAAGAUCUCGAAAAUUAUGUAUCUUCAUACUAUGUCUAAUACAAUUUUUUUUAAUAAAAAAAAA